CACAACGUCCGCCCAGUGAACCUGUCUGGAGGGCGAAGUCAGCUCUGGUUGAUUACUACAGGUUGGAGCCGGCGGAAGCAGCAGGGUGGUCGGCCAUGAUGUGAGUUCACGGCAGAACAGGUUCUGAGCUGAAUGGCCUUGUCAAACUCUCCUGUGCUUGGCUUCAGGUAUCAGCAACGUUGCUGGUGUUCACAUGUACACAGAAGGCAAUGUUGAGGCUCGAAAUGGCACCGAACGCCGUCUGAAGUGCACAUUUCAAUCCAACUUCCCUGUUGGGAAACAGACAAGUGUUACCUGGUCCUUCCGACCUGACAGCGGUGACAAAGAGGAAGUUGUCAUGUAUUAUCUUGAGCAACCAUAUGCAUCUUCAACUGGACGGUUUAAGGAACGGGUGGUGUGGUCAGGAAACAUCUGGAGAAAAGAUGUAUCGAUUACCAUCACUGACCUACAGUUUUCGGACAAUGGAACUUUUAUGUGCGGCGUGCUGAAUCCUCCUGAUGUGGAGCUGGUCCUUGGUGAAAUCAAACUUUCUGUUGUGCAUAAAGUCACUUACUCGGAGAUGCUGAUCUUGGGGAUUGUGAUCGGAGGAGCGACAGGGCUGGUGAUCCUGAUUGUGGUCGUGAUGGUUACCGUGCAGCUCUGCCGGAAAUCGAGGGAUUUCAUAGAUGACGAGGAAAUGGAGCAGGAGCCACAGAAGGGGGAGCUAGAAUAUCAAGGCAAAGAUGGUACGGAAAUGGAGAAGUUAAAUGGUGAGAUGAUGAGUUUUGCGGAAGAGGCCAAGUCAGCAAGGGUUCCCUGAAGACUGACAGAGUAAGAUCAGUUGCAGAACAAAGUUUAAUUUUAACGAGAGAAGAAGCAAGAUUUUAAAAUAAACCUCGUGUCUGUCACCUUCCAUAGAGGGAGCAUUUCAGACUAUUAUCCUCCUGCUGUUCAGCACUUCAUGCCUGAUGCUGAAGUCAUUACACUAACAGUGUUAUCCUUGAACCCAGAGACCAACAUCGUUCUGUUACAGGUAGCUGAGGCCCAAAGCAUGCCAGGAAUUUGGCGACUCCGUCAGAGAAUAAUCCAGGCUCAAGAAAUGUAGUGGUUACAUCACUAGAAUAUGAAUCCACAAAAUUUGAAUUUAACUCUCACCAAGGAAGUGUGAGAAUAGAAAACUUACAAGAAAGAUUCUGAUAGAGGGAAUGCUAAAGCUGCCGGAUGUUUGGAAAAUUCAACAGGUUUACGAAUAUUCUUUGGAGAAGGGAACACGCUGUUCUUUCUCACAUUGGUUCUAUAUGUGACUCUAGCUCAAUGUGAUUUCUUUUUAACUGUCCUCUGAAUAAGCUAUUCAAUAGUAUCAAAGGCAGCUUCCCAGGCACCAGCAUUUCCAAACAAAGGUCUGCCAUGUUUGCUGAACAUCUAGGGCUGGACAAUAAGCGCCAGCUUAGCCUGAUAGCGCAAUCAAGCUCUAGAUUGGGAGAUUCUUCACCGCUGUGAGAUCCCUACACAGAGCAGCUUCGCUUCACUUUAUCUGCUGAUCUGUUCCAUUCUCUUUCUUCAGCUUACUUGCCUCCAUCCUCUCCAAGGGGCAGUAACUUGCUGAGUUUUGAGACUGCUGGAUACUCGUAGGCCUUUUGUACUGUAGAAACUCCUCAGCUGCUGCCUCAAUCACAAUCCCAAAAUAAUCCAGGUUCUGCUCCUGAGGCAAUAAUCAAGAGUUAUUAAUGGAAAUUAUAAUGUCUCUCUGAUUUUUUUUAAAAUUUUACAGAGAUUCGGGAUCUCAGUUUAGUUCUCCCUUUAAAGAUAAUACAGAAUGGGAAGAACUGUUUUUAACUACUGAACAUCUGUUACUGAUCUGUAAAUAUUAAAGUAAACUUGAAAACUUUUUUAAAUUGCUCUUAAAGGUGUAUAGAUUUAUAUUUAAUUGAUAAAUUUCUUGUAUGUGAAAUGUAUUUUCACGUUUGCAAUUGCAUAAAAUAAAACAAUGAACAUGGA